CAAACCUCCACUUUGCGAAAACAACACGAUCAACAGAGAGUGCAAUUUUUACAACCAGAUAUUUGCUGGUUUAUAUAUAUUAUUUUUGUCUUAUGUACUGGCAACCAUAGAGUAAUUAUUAUUUGGACUUAAUGCAUAGUGACAUAAAAUGAUCACAACAGAUCACUUACCUGGUAAAAGGUUUCUGUUGAGUAAAACAGAAAUAGUUGCAAGAGGAAGUCGCAGUACAAGCACCACUGGAGGAAGCAACAAAAGUGGUCACUUACCACAAUACUUGACUGGACAUAUUAGAGCAUGCAAUUUUAUAGUGGGUGAAGCUUCUGCUAAAAACCAUAAACUCUUGAUUGAAUAUGACAUUACUGGAAAUAUAGAAGAAUUAAAAAUACAUAAACUUCGUCGUCAACUGUUGAUUGAUUACUUGCUUGUUGAAGUUCCAAAUUCUUCAAGAAGAUCGCCUGCAUUGGUUUUUAAACCCUUGUUUGAUGCUGUUGAAAAUGACUGGGUGUAUGUGCAGUAUUUUGGUACCAGAAAAGUUGAAAAAGUGGUGAAAACAUCCCUCUAUCCAUUUCGAUUUAAGGAAUCAAAACGUGAAUGUGAGGCCUCAUUUGUUUCUGAAGAUUUAGCAUCUUGGUUAAGAGUUGCAAAAACACAGCUCCUGUUUUUAAAAGGACCAUACUCUAUAUCUCCAUGUACACUGGAUGUUUACAAUUUUGCUAAGGGUGGGAAAUUCCAAGCUACGUUGGUACACCACGACACCUUCAACAGGACAUUUAGUAUCAUGGACAGUGAGAAUUGCAAAUCCUUAAAAGUUGAUCCACGUUUGUCACAAGUUAAAUUUACUUGUUCAGAUGAAGAUUUAAAUCAAAUGUUGAUUGGUAAUGCCCAGGUCAAAAAACAUUUUUCGCGACACAGCCAAAAGGGUAAUAUUAAAAUGGAGACUGCAAAUACUAUGCAUUGGAGGCCACCUGCAUGGAUGGCGUCUGAGAGUUACCUUCAACUUAUUAGUACCAUGAAGGAAAAAGAUCGAACAAAAGCUUCAGUUAUUAAAGUCAACCCGAAAAAAAUCCGCUGUUCUAGAAGUUCUCGCAGCAGCUCAACUUCCUCAACUUUAAGUGCAGGUCAAAAAAGAAAUACUGGCAGCACUGCAGGAUCACUGGAUUAUGCAGAGUCUCUAAGUCCCUCUUCUGCACCUGGUGAUCUUAAUGAGGAGUUGAGAGCUUCAAGGUUACUUCGUUUUCUUGAAAUUAGCAGCGCUGAACCUGAAAAACCAUCCAGGCUGCUACGCUUUUUCAAGAUUAGUGACGGUAACAGCUCUGGAAUACAAAACCAAACACCUGUAGAAAAUGAUAGACAUCCAAGCUCACCUUGUGAUCAGGAAAUUGAGGAAGAUUAUUCCUCCACUAAUGCUGGAGUUGAAGAGGACGAUGUGUUUUUUGACACAAAUGUUAACCUUUCCAAGCAAAAUGUACACGAACAUGCAGAGACCCCUCAAGAAAAUGUUAUUCCACAAGAUGUAGACAAACCAUGGAAUGAUAUGCAUAAAGAAAUAAUAACCCUUGACGUUCAUGGGCAGGAACAGGCAAUAUCCGGUUACAAGCUACCAAUUCAGGAUCUUCAGGAGGGAAAAGCUACCCAACAAAACGUUUGUGAAACUGAAAAUGUUAAAACCCAAGAUUACAGUGAUAGCAAUGUUAACGGCAAACCUUUAGAAACUAUGCCUGUUAUUGGAAAUAAUUCAACUUCCUUUGUAAAUGGUCAUUUGAGAAAAGAGGAAAUCCAACAGCAAAUACCUAUGGGCAUAAAUACUAGGGAGGACAAUCUGGAUGCUGUAAUGAGCUUGGCAGAAAUAUCUAAUGUCACUGUAGGUAUGGUUAAUGACAAAUCAAUACCAGAUCAUUCUUCAAGAUCGAAAGAACUUAACGAAACAAAACCUGUAAAAAGAAAUGUACUAAAAGUCAACCUAGAAAGUAGUGACAGUCAUAAUGCUGUAGAGUAUCAUCCACAUUGUUCCUCAGAAAAGGAAAUGCUAAAAGUUAAUUUAUGUAAUAAAGAUCUGCCUUCAAGUGAGCACAGUAUUGAUUUAUUUCAGAAGGACCAAGUUGAUAUAACAACAUCUGAUAAUGAAAAGUUUGCUCAUGAUGAAAAUUGUGUAGAGAUUUCUUACAAUGGUAAAAUCGCUGACAUUCCCAGUCAUAACCACACACCAGAAGUUUCAUGCGCAAUUAGCAGGAGUGAGGUUUCAUGCAGAAGUAACAUUAUAAAUGUUUCCUGCAGUGUUAACACCACCGCAGUUACAUUUCCCAGUAACAUAAAAAGAACUUUAUGCAGUAAUAACGUCCCAAUAGUUUUUUCAAAGCAUAAUGACCCAUUAGUUUCAAGCCCUGUUAACAUUAAAGAAAUUUCACGCAGCAGUAGAAGAACAGAAUUUCCACACAGCAGUAAAAUUACAGUUUCUUGCAGCAAUAUGCAAGAUGCUCCAAUUAGUAGUAACAGUACAAUUUUGUGCAGUAGUAUACCAGAAGUUCCAUCAAGCAGUAACAUCACAGCUUCAUGCAGCAAUAUGCCAGUUGUUUCAUGUAGCAGUAACACCACGAAGGUUUCAUGUUACGGUGACAUCAUGGACGUUUCAUGCAAUAGUAACAUUACAAAAGUAAAAAACGAACAGAAAGGAUGCACAGAGAAGACACCAAACAAUCUGUUGAACCAUACUUUAGAGGAAGUAAACUUUUCUAAGAUGGCAUCUGAAAGUCUUAUUGUAAAUGAAGUAUCUGAUCAAAAUUCAACAACGAGAACGCCAAAGAAGCAUUCUAGUGGUUUAAAACCAAUAAAUCAACUGGAUAUGUUACGAAUAAUGUAUAGUGAAAUUGACAAAAGUCCAAGCAGUUGUUCUACCACCUCCACGCCAAUCAAAGAAUUGACACCAGUAAAAAAACAGGCUAUUCAUGAAGAAGCAAAGGUACCAACUAAUAUCCAAAACCUUGAUGUAUCAGCUAAAGGAUCUGUUACCCCAGUGAAACCUGUGGCAACAUGUGGCUUUAAUAGUGUUUCAUCCUCUACAAAUAAAACUGGACACCAUCAAUCUAUAUCUGAUGCUAAUUCAACGUGUGACAGUAUUUGUGUCAGGCCUGAUCAAGAGCAAUUGUCUGAAAAAAUUGAUAUGAAAAGCAGUACUCCUAAUUUCAGCAUAACUGAGUCUACAAAAUACACAACCAAGAUUACAGAACAAAGAGGAAGUGUGGUGGAAUAUCCAUAUGAAAGUCACAUAAGCAAUGGGGAAUCAACAGUAACUAAAGUGUACGAAAAAACUAUUGUUAAGCAUAUUAUCAGUGAAGAAAUUAAAUUGAAGGAAGUUUCCACACACUCAGGUUGCAAUAAUGGCAAUUCUUGGAACUCACACGACACAGGUACUGCAUCAAAGCAAAAACUAAGCAGUUUUCAAAAGAGGAAAAAUCCAAAAUCGCCUGUCACGUUAUCUCUCGAAAGCAUAAAAGAAAUCCUAGAAGAAACAAGAAAGUUAUCAAACCCUUACAACUCAGAACAUAUGCAAAGCUUUGACGCUGCAAAAGAUAAUUUCAUGCCACUCAGUAGUAUUGGCAUUUCUUCGAAAGCAACUAACUGUGAGAGUACUGCAAUAACUGCAUUAGAACGUUCAAUUGGAAGUAUAAAUUCUACUGAGUAUAAUCCUACUACAAACUCUGAUUCCAAGAAAUGUGAUUUUGUUAUUUCCCAAUCAAAAAGUAAAAUUAACUUUCAAAACCAUGGAAGCUCGGAUAAGAAAAGCAAAAAUCAAAGACAGAAAGUUUCUAAACGUAGAUCACAGAAGAAAUAUCAUCCACCAGCUGAGAAUAGUGAAAGUGCUGUCGUACGUUCCAACAAUUCCUGCCCCACUGCAACAUCUUUUAAAGAAAUGGCAAAGAAAAACUAUAGUCAUUUAUCACAGGGUGGUUUUAUUGACUCAACAGGAGAACACUAUGAACAAAAUCAAAUGCAUGCGAACAAAACUUUGACUUAUCGGGAGAGCUUUCAAUUUUCUCGAAGUUCAAAUAGUUCCAAUCCUGAUUAUAGACAAAAUCAUCAAUUAUCUCUCUCUCAACAGAACACUUUAGGUGAUAAUAAAGUGGAAAAUUGGUCAAAUAACGAACUUUUACAAAUUAUGCAGGCUAAAAGUGGUCCAACAUCCUAUGAGUAUGCAUCUAUUGCUUAUCUCCAAGCUUACCUAUCCCGGCAGAAAUGCACAACAGAAUAUUUAGAAGAGGAACUAAUAAAGUUUAGCAAAAAGAAACGUGAUAACAACACUGAAAGAUUGGAAAAUCGUUUGAAAACAUUCUUAUAUGUCAGCAAGCUACCAACUUUACAGCACAUUGGCAGUGAAGAUUUCUUUGUGGGGGACCCGAAUUUAAAAUGGGACUUCAUUUACCAAAAAUUAACUUCGUUUGUUGCAAGAUGUCAACAGGAAUUGUCCACCAAACUGAUGUUGCGAAAUGGUAUGCCUGGUUGUUAUUCACACAUGCAACAGAAAAUGUACAAUGCCUUCGACAGCCAGAACUUUACAACCCUUUGCAAUCACAAUAACCUACCACAGUUUCAAUCCAACCAACAGUACAACUUUAAUAAUCUCAACUAUAUCUCUCAGUUAAUGCAAUCUCAAUCCAAUUCGUCCUUGAAUUCAUCUCAAGAUAUGCUACCAUAUUGCCACAAUGAUCAUUUUCAAGCAACACCACACCUUUCAACUAUAUACAACAAUUAUGGUAAUGAAUUUUAUAAUCGCAGUUUAAGUGACUCAGCCGCUGCUGAGCAGGAACAUAAUCAAAUUCAAAAUUCAAUAGAUUACCAUGGUUUAAAUGCAAUCCUACCAGAUGGCUACCGUGUCACCGACAAAGUUCCAGAUGUAAUGGCAAGCAGCUCUGAAACACCGAUAACCACGUCUGUUACUUACUCUACAAAUAUGCCGUGUAUUUCCAAGCGUGCGUUUAGCUAUACUGAAGGAUUUGAUCCAUGCGAAAUUCGAAAAUCCCAAUACUUCGGUAAUUCUUCUUCUAACCCAAUGUUACACGCAGUGAACAAGAUUGAAACUAAAAGCAAUACAGCAGCAUCUAUUUUUUCAAGCAAACCAAGUAGGAAGAAGAGAGACAGGAUUACGAUAGAGAACUACAUGUCAUCAUAUCACAAUGAUACUCUACCUACCAAGACAACUGGAACUUUAAAAGACAAUGCAGAACCAUUUGCUGUGCAAACAACACCUAAUACCGUGACUUCUGCUGGUUACGAAGUAAAUCCUUUUAUUGACCUAAAUACGACAGUUCACGAUGCAUUCCUUGACAGUCUUCUUGAAAAGUAUCCGAUCUCUUAUAACACAAAUCCAACUGCACAAAUAUUUGAGAACAUAUUAAAUGAUACGGAUAACAUUGACGAAAGUGGAAAGCAAGAAACAAAUGAAGCUUCUGAUCUGCAUUGCUCAGUAGUCACAUCACUAAAAGAAAAAGAUUCAAAACCAGUUUCCGUUAUAAUGAAUACACCGAUUGCAAAAUCUGAGAAACUGUCAGAAACUGGUCAAACCUCAGUUAAGAAGGAUUUUGAAACAAACAAUACUAACCUGGCGAAAGAUAAAAUUCCUCAAACGAAACUGGAAAUUUCACACGUUUGUGAGACUGCAGAAACUUCAACAAAAGAUCCAAAAUAUAACUUCGCUGUUAGUCAUCCACAGACAACGUAUUAUGCUAAGGCAAAUACAUGCAAACAUCCAUCAUAUAGAUUUGCUGAACGCUUAGGUUUGGAUAAAUCCGGCCUAAGUUUGACUGCACCUCGAAAGGACCAAGUCGUCAACAAUCUGGAAAUUAGAAAGAGUGAAAGCUAUGAUAAAACAAUCUCAACUAGUCCUGGUAUAUUGACAAAAGGAGCGGCAGUAUCCUCUUUGCCAAAACUUCCAACGAAUGAACUAAUGCAUCAGGAAGUGCCGUGUUGUGAAAAAUUAGACAAAGGCAUUGAAGAUACAAAGGUUAUUUCAACAAGUUCAUUAGGAGCAAACGUAAAGGAUAGUUUGUCUGAGAUUAAGAAGGCAGUUCCAAAUCAGUCGUUUAAUGAUAUAACUGAUACUUCAAUUGCUGCCGAAGUAGUCAAUGAAGCUAACAACUUCAAUGAAGUCUGCCGUGACUCAAAACCUAUCAAUACAAAUGGUGAUGGAAGGUCGUUAAGUGACAGCAGUACUGACGAGAACAUCGGGGAGAAAUUUAACAAUGUUGUAUCUGAAUACAUAAUAGCGUUGAUUGGGAAAAAUAGAAAAAGCGUUCGAAGGCGUCCUUCUUUGAAAAGGCCAGACACAUUUGUAAAUGAAGACAAUGACCCAAAUGCACCGUGUGUAACCUCACCUAAUGUAAAACCACCUUUACCGACUUCCACCCCGUCUGUUGCAACUGCAGUGAGUUGUCAAAACUCACCAAGACUGCAAACUAAACAACACAUAAAGAAAUUACAAAAAGAUGAAGAAGUUGGCAAAAGUUUGGGUGAUUCUAAGGAAUAUACAGAUAAAGGUUUCAAUUGUAAAACUCCUGUUACUGAAAACAAUAAAUUGCAAGCUGCAGCUGAUCUUAGUAUAAGUGUUUCUAAGGAAAGAAAUAGUCCAAGAAUAAUAAAGGUUAUAGAAGUAAAAGACCCUGCAUACGAGGCACAUUAUAAACAAAUGAAUAAACGCUUGACUUUACCUCAAUCAUGUCAAAUCGCAGGUCGGCGGUGUGUCAAAAUUUUCGAAGUUACUGAUUCUCACGAUGAUCUAAAACGUAUGAUAUAUAACAGUCCUCUCACCUUAAGAAGUUCUGAAAUACAUAGAACUAAUUUCUCAGCUACAAGAAGUAAUUCUAAAGCCUCACAUGGAGCUGCAACUGUUACGACAUGUAUAAAUAAAGCCCCACUAUCUUCAUCAUUUCCUCUUAUGUCGCCAAGUGUUUUUAAUAAAAAACAGUCAGAGAAAAAAUUUUCGACUUCUUCCCUGGCGACGCCUAUUCACAAUCCAAGAUCAUCCUCUAUGUCGACAUCAUUCUUUAUACAAAAUAUUUUGUCUUCUGUCAAUAAAACAUCUCCAACGAAUCUUUCCAGCAUGCAGAACGUCAUCGCCAACAACAGGACGUGCAGUAAUGAAAUUUUUCAGACUAAUACUGCACUUUCAGUGGGCACCACUAAACAUACUCAACUUCAUGAAGGAGUUCUAAGUUCCAACGGCAAAACUUCAAUGCGUCAAGGCACAGAAGAACUUGGCAGAGUUUCUAAAGCAAAAGAUCAAUUAUUGCCUGUUAGUGGUCCAUUGUGUGUAGCCUCGUACGUAGCUUCUGAAGGAGACUACAGAAACAUAAAGAUUGUGGAUACCUUACAGAAAUUGAAAAACUCUGCUAAUAUUGAAAGCAGACAAUGGAAACACCCCGUUGGAAAUGAUGGGAAAGUUUCUCUGCACACCAAUUCAAUAAACAAAGUUUGUGAUGCUUGCCCAUUAUCAGUGGAACCAAUUUCAAGGACUUUGAAUCACAUGAAUAAACCCGUAACUACUACAGCAUCGUUGGCAAUGUCACCGCAGACAUCAGAUUCAUCACUUGCUUUGGUCCUAACACCAGCAACAGCUGCUAAAGCCUCCUUGAGUAAUGUUACAUUAGCCAAAUCCGGAUCAACAGAAAAAACACAAGUUGGUAAUGGAAGUGUAUCUUCAGCAUCACCAUUAGUGUUUACUCCAAAAGUGUUGAACGAAAUGAAAGCAGCGACAUCUGCUGAAACAAACACAAGGACAGACGCCUCAGUCACAAAAGCUCGUACGACUUCUGCAUUACUUUUCAAUAACUUCACCUCAACGUCACCUCUUUCGUUCACGGUGCCACGUAGCCUACUUAGCCCUAUGAAAGGACAAGAUCUUAAAUCUUUAGCAGGCAAAGGAAUGCGAUUUGUACUACAAGGCAAAAGUCUACUGUCGUCUUCCCCAAUGCUGCUGACACCAACAUCCUCAAGUGGCUAUCAAAUUCGAUUUCUUACGUUGCCAAAAGCAUCUAUCAAACCAUCAUUUGAUGCGCACACAUCACAGUUUUCUACUAAGGUGACAAGUCAGGUGAAACCUGUAAACUUUUUUAUGCCUAUGGGAAAAAAAGGUGAGACAUUGGAGUCCAAAUUAAACACCAGUUUGAGUUCCCUGUCCAGUUCUGUCGUGACGCAAAACAAAGCAGCCGCAAAAUUUCCACCAAACUUGUCAAAAUCGAUCACAAAAAAUAAUAAAGAAAGUAGGCCCCGUAAGAGGCGACACUUUGACGAUUCCGAUAAAAAUGAAAGAAACGCACUGAUUGGUGACAUAAAAGUACGGAGAAGCAGUAGGAGUGUAGCGACAGAUACGCAAUGGAAGAUGCAUCAAUGUCAAGUGGCAGAAGAAGAUGCAGAAGACGAGGCGGAUUCGUCCGAAACAUCUCAGAAAAAAGAUGAACUCAAUAACAAAACAGAACUAGAUGAGGAAUUUAUUAGAAGUGCUGACGCUCAAAACGCAGGUAAGGAGGAGGGUGAAAGUAACUGCAACACAAAACUAGGUGAGAAAGAUGGAAAACUUAAGGAUAACAUGGAGCUAGGGGUGAGAGAAAUUAAAAGUAAUGACAUCAUAAAACAAGGAACGGACGAAAUUAAAAUAUUCUCAAGCCAAGUUGUGACAUCCACAAUUCAGACUGUUUCAACUACGAGCGCUAAUAAAAGGUUUACCGCGACCAUUGUUCAUGGUAAAAUUCCAACAGAAGCAAAAAUUACCAGUGUAAAAAUGUCGCCCCUUAGUCUUCCUUUAAUACCCUUCAAAUAUUUGCUUGAACAAUCGAAAAGGAGCAUGCCGAAUAGCACUGUUUCUAACCUGUCUUGUACCACACAUUUACCUACUACUGAAGACAUACGUGCGAAGCCUUCUCAAUCAAACGUAUUACCUAUAAAGCCUGAACCCAGCAAGACGCCUUGUAAAGCAUCAGUGGAAAAUGAUUUUUCUCCUCCAGGCUCCCCACCGAAAUCCCCACCUGUGCAUUUAGCUGUACCAAGUGGUGUAAAUCACGUGCUUUUGCCACCGGAUGUCAUUGAGAAAAUUAAAGACAAUAAAGUUCGAUGUGAGUACGUUGACGAAAAUGUGUUGAAGUCAAUGAAAAAUAUGUCUAGUGAAACAUCCACGCAGAGUUUGACAUCCAAACAUACCGUAAGUACGUCUACUCCAACGAAGAUGAAAGCAGCUGGUGUGAAAGCAGGUAUUAAGAAUCAAGUUAGUGGUGUAUCAUCUAAGCCUACGACUGGUUGUACUAAUCUUACGGUAUCAACGCAGGUUCCAGUUAAAAGUAAGCUGAACAAAUCGAAUCAAGUCAUAUCAGCCUUGGUUUCUCAAUUUAAAACUUUUUAUGGUGAUAAAUUUGCAGGGUUUGAUAUCUACGAAGACAACGGGAACAAGUAUUUGCGUAUCAAACAAACAACUGAUGGUGAAAUGGUGUCGAUCUCGAAUACUAUUAUAUCAAAUGUUAUCUCGUCCCUGAAUGCUCAAAGUAAUGCACCUAAUAUUGUUAAAUCAAAUCAGGAGACUACUUCAAGCCCGACGAGUGGUGAUAAAAAGCUGACUAGUCCCUUCAAAGUCUUGUUGACAGAUUGUAGGAAACCCCCAGGGAAGAAUUUGAAAAUGUCCUCUCAACGGAUGACUAAGGAAAUCCAUCAAGAAGAAUUAAAACCAAAGAAAAAGAAGCAGAGAUAUUAUUUUCCAGGUGAUGAAGACAUAAAAAGUGAACCAAACAUUGGAGAAAUAGUGAAAGCAAGGCGUGGUCAAAGUCAAGAAAAAUCAAGAAAAAGAGAGAGAAAAAUUGUCUCUUCGAGUGAUGACGGAGUUAAUAGAAAGAAGUUAAGAUCAAGUCAAAUUGAACAAAAGUCAUGGCUUCAAACCACUACAUGUGAUAACUUUCCAAAGUUGCCAAAAUGUGUUGAUUGUAAAGAAGGAACGGCGGAUGCGUACUGUCGGUUUACUAUGUUCAGACGAUUGGUUACAACUGAUACGGGGCGAAUAAGAGCUGCUGGUUUCUGUACGGCAGAUGCAGCGGAAAAAGAAGAUCUCCUCCAUUGGGUGUACAAUAACGAUGUAAAGUUGGACCUUGGUAUCUGCAAACAAAUCUUACGACAUGUUGGAAUGCAGUUUCAACAGUUAGUCGUACAAGAGAUCGAAGCACAAAAGCAGGGUGGCAAAAAAGGCGAAAACGCGUGGAAACGUGCUGUGUUGCGUGUACGAGAAAUGUGCGACAUUUGCGCGACCACGAUAUUUAACACCCAUUGGACAUGUGACAAAUGUGGGUUUGGCGUUUGUUUGGAUUGUUUUAAAGCAGCCUACGGUCAAAGCAGUGGAAAAGAAAACAACAGCUUCCUUGAUUGGCCGUUAUGUGACGGGGGUGACGAGCACAAUGCUAACCUUCUCACCGUCACUGAAAUCAUACCGAAAAAUGUUUUGCUGGAUCUUCAUAAAGACAUGUUGAACGUAUGUAAACAAAUUGGUCUCAAAUUUCGACAGCUGGAUUUGUUGGAGUUCUCACAUCACAAAGUUUGCAGCGAUGUGCAAAAAACGAUUGAACCCGUCACCAAUGAUUUGGAUUUAUUAGCAACAGUCGCAAAUUUCGAGCAACAGGACUCGUCAAUAGUAAGUGAUUGCGAACGCAACAUAUUUGAAAAUUACGAAAGCAUCAAACGACAAAGUGCGACCGAAUGUGAGUGGUAUUGCGAUAAUAAAAUGUUACACAUACAGACACCGCGGUUUUGUGAAGAAACAAUGAAACUCUUUAAAUCGGAAUGGCUAAAAGGAAAGCCUAUCAUUGUUUCAAAUGUUCAUCGCAAUUUAAACGAAGAAUUAUGGAAGCCUGAAUCAUUUUGUAGAGAUUUUGGUAAUGAGAAAAGUGAUAUAGUGAACUGUUACGAUGGUACCAUUAUCGAGAAUUAUCAGAUCGAUCGUUUUUGGAAAGGAUUCGAAUGCGUAGCAGAACGUCCUGUGUUUUCCUCAGACUUGCAACAUCAUGUGACGCUUUUGAAGCUAAAGGAUUGGCCUCCUGGUGAUGACUUCAAAGAGAAACUACCUGCUAGGUUUGCGGAUAUGAUGCAAGCACUACCUGCACAAAGUUAUACUAAUCGAACUGGUGAAUUGAACCUAGCUGCAAGGCUGCCUGAUUUCUUUGCAGUUCCAGAUCUCGGUCCUAAAAUGUACAACGCUUACGGAUCCGCCUCGUAUCCCAGUGCUGGUACAACGAACUUGCAUCUUGACAUAUCGGACGCUACUAAUGUGAUAUGUUACGUCGGCAUUCCCAUUGAAGAGGAUGUCCGAGAAAAAGAAAUUAAUGAUACUAUUACCACUGUAAACCGAGCUUGUUGCGAAGCCACUAAGAAAAGAAUACAGGAUCCAAAUGUUCGACCAGGUGCAUUAUGGCAUAUAUUUCCAGCACAUUCAGCCGACAAAAUCAGAUGCUUCCUAAGAAGAAUUGCUGAAGAGAGAAACACAGUAAUUACGGAAAGUUCGGAUCCCAUACAUGAUCAAUCGUUUUAUAUGGACCAAGACUUGCUGGAUCGACUGCGUGAAGAAGAGGGAGUCGUAGGAAAUGCAAUAUGUCAGUGUCUUGGUGAUGCAGUGUUUAUACCAGCUGGCGCUCCCCACCAGGUCCUGAAUUUACACAGUUGUAUAAAAGUAGCUGAAGAUUUCGUAGCACCAGAGCAUAUUACACAUUGUUUCCAGCUAACUGAAGAAUUCCGUCAUUUGUCCGACUACCAUACCAAUCACGAGGAUAAGUUGCAGAUUAAAAAUAUUAUUUUUCAUUCUGUGAAAGAUUGUUUGGGUGUGGUGAAGAAACACUAUAAUUUGUGAAAAAUUGUCGACGACAGAAAAGAUUGUUAAUUUUUUUUUAAUUUAUACUUAUUCUUAAUGUUAUUUGAAUGUUUUAUAUAAAAUACAGUUCCUUAAUUUUAAAAAUACUUAAACUAUUUUAAAGGCUAUUCAUAACAAUUUUUUCCGGAAGCUUAUUUGUGUAGCUAACAUGAAUCGCUUGCAUGUGAUUUUAAUAAAAUGUUAACGCACUUACAUUGGCUAAUUUAUUUUUACAAUAGAAAUACUGUCAAUUUAUGCGGUUUAUAAAUAGCAUAACAUAUUAGAAAAUAAUUUUUUUGUCAGACUGUCCGGUACUAGAAAUUUUUGUUAGUAAUGUUAGUUUUUAUGUAUCGCGUGGAUAUUUAAACGCAAAUAUCAUGAAAACAGCUUUUUAACCCUUUGUGAAGAAAUAUAUUCUCAAAUGUAUAUAA